AUGAUACAAGCAGCAAAGAUCCUUGAGCAAAGAAGCCAUACAGUGCCUGGCAAGCUCAGGAUAACCGAGCACUUCUUCCAAGUACCGCGUGACUAUACUAACCCCUCAGCGGGCAACAUUCAAUUGUUCGCACGUUCAGCCCUCAAAACCGAAAAGCCUGCCGACUACUCUCCGACCGGCACUCCAGACCCCAAAAAGAUCCAACUCCCAUGGCUAGUCUACUUGCAAGGCGGCCCUGGGUUUGAAUGCCGCAGUCCUCAGGAUGUAUCCUGGGUUCCCACUAUUCUGGAUAAAGGGUACCGAGUUUUGAUGCUUGACCAGCGCGGCACUGGCUUAUCAACUGCAAUAAGCCAGAGCAGUCUGCAGCUUCGAGGCGACGAGAAGGUACAGGCAGAGUACUUGAAAAGUUUCCGUGCAGACAGCAUCGUCAAGGACUGCGAGGCUGUCCGAAAAGCAUUGACAGACGACUAUCCCGACGACAAGAAGAAAUGGUCCGUCAUGGGCCAAUCUUUUGGAGGGUUCUGUGCAACAACCUAUCUGUCCUUCUACCCCGAAGGCGUCAAAGAAGCCUUCCUCUUCGGCGGGCUUCCACCCCUACGCAACAAUCCAGAUGAAGUGUAUGAGCGUCUGUAUGAGCGCGUCAAGAAGAGGAACGAACAGUACUAUAGCAAAUACCCCGAGGACGUGGAGCGAGUAAAGCGCAUCAUCAAGCUACUGAGCCGAUUCGGCGACACCACCGUCCGCGUCCAAGGAGGCGAAGGCCACCUCAGCGCACGCCGCUUCCUCCAACUCGGCAUCUUCUUCGGCAAGCACGGUGGCUUCGACGAGGUGCACGCCCUCGUCCUCCGAGCCGACACCGAUCUAAACCAGUUCGGACACCUAACCCGCCCGACGGUGCUUGCGCUCGAAGCCGCGCAGUCGUGGGAUUCAAACAUCAUCUACGCCCUGCUCCACGAGCCCAUCUACUGCCAAGGCGAAGCAUCCCGCUGGUCCGCCGAGCGCCUCCUCUCCAAGUUCCCCUCCUUCUCGCUGCACAACAUCGACGCCGCAGACCACCCCGUGUACUUCACCGGCGAGAUGAUCUACCCCUUCAUGUUCGACUGCUACCCGGAGCUCGCCAAGCUGAAAACCGUCGCGCACCUGCUCGCCGAGGAGAACAACUGGCCGCCGCUGUACGACGUCGCCCAGCUGAACUCGAACGAGGUGCCUACCUACGCUGCUGUCUACCACGACGACAUGUACGUUGAUUUUGAGCUGAGUAUGGAGACUGCGAGUGCGAUUCAAGGCUGCAAGCCGUUUGUCACAAACUCCAUGUAUCACAAUGCCAUUGGAGCCAAGACGGACGACGUGCUCAAGGAGAUUUUCGCGAGGAGGGACGAUGUAAUCGAUUGA